AUCGCGUUUUUCGCGCGUGUGAAUAGUUCAACAUAACGUCUUUCAAGUUUCGAAGUUUGAAAUUGUUUGAAAUGUGACGUCCAUUGUGUUACAACGGAAUUUGAUUCCGUUUUGUCGAUGAUCGUGUCGUGAAUCUUAAUCGUAGCCUACGAACGCGAUGCGAGCACGAGUGACGAGAAGCUUCGUGUACUACCUGAAGACUAGUGGCACUUGCAUCGUGGUGCUCGGAGGAUGCUGGUUCCUGUAUCAAUUGCGACAGGUAUCGCAGAUCAUUCGGUCAGCUGUCAACACAAGUGUUCUAAAUUUAGAGCAAACCCGGGCACAAUACAUCUACAUUGAUGAUCCUCGAUUUAAAGAUAUCUUCAUGUUCAGGAAAGAUGAGGAUCUACAUGGACCUACAUCGGAGAAGCCAACAAGUCUCAGUGAUGUUCUGGCGAAAUGGUGGAAGAUGAAGAAUCAUAAGAUUGCAUAUAAAUUAUUGUAUAUGGCUCAGCAUGGGAACAAAAACGAACGAUAUAAAGCUGUGACUACACUUGGUUCUCUGUCGCACUUAAAAGAUUGGCAGUAUCGUCAUUUGGCACAGAUGAUGGAUGCUAAAACAGCAGUAGCUCUCGCAAGAAUGCCCAAUGUUAACUCAUUAUUCUUUUUGCAACCACCAUAUUAUCAUGUGCAGUACAAUUUAGAUGAUGUAUUAGAAAAGGUACAUUCGUUGUUGUUAAAUUUGAAUGCUUUAUGUGACAACACACAUCUCUGCCUUACACAGUUUCUCAAUAAAAUGUUUAAAGACUCGCAUCGAUAUCUUGUAGAAUGGUUUGACCAUGAUUUAACAAGUGUGGGUCUUUCUGUGGAAACUACAACAGUUUGGGAUGAUGAAUUACUUAAAAGUUGCAUUCGUGCAAUCUGUCAUCAUUCUUCCGUGGAACAAUAUAGCAAACAUUUGAUUAAUGCUGGAGCUCUGCCAAUAUUGACAGCGAUACAAAAAAUUUGCAAUGACGACAUAGAAAUAUGUAUAUUACUCGCAAGGAUAUUAUCCAACAUAUCUCUUCAUUCCGAAUAUUUAGAAACUAUCUAUGAGUCCGGAUGGAUCGGCAUAUUGUCACAUUGGUCCCACAGUGACGACAUUCGUCUAUCAGCACAGGCGAUCAGUGCAUUGGUGAAUCUAGAUACAAAUGGAAACGAGAAAGCGAAAUAUUCGCAGAGCGUCUAUCUUCUUCAUCCUCUACAUAGAGUUCACGCAGCAACAAAAAUGGACGUUGUAUUUCUGCACGGAUUGUUAGGUGGAGUUUUCGUUACUUGGAGACAACGUGACAUUGAUACCUCUGCACUUGGUGUUGUAGAUGAUAAUACAUUGAUCGAAAACACUACAGACUACUUGUCUGCUAUGGUUGAUGACGAUCGUCCUCAAGAAUUCUUUAAAGACUUGGCUCGCGAUCUGCAUUUGCGCGAAUGGAGAAAGAUAGGUCAAGAUUUUGAGGUGAUACUGGAUGAUUGUCCACAAAACACAAACGAUCGAGCGUGCGGACCUUAUUUCUGCAGAGGAGAUGACACCUGUAUGAGGAAUGAUCUUGAUUCUACAUCCAAAACACUUUGUUGGCCCAAAGACUGGUUACCUGUAGAUAUACCAUCCUUGCGAAUUAUAGGUAUUAACUAUGGUACGAGUUUAUCUAUGUGGACUCCUUUCUGUCCAAUAGAAAGCAUGAAGAGUACUAUUAAAGAGAGAAGCGAAGAAUUCGUUACCAAAUUGACAAUGGCGAACGUGGGCCAACGGCCACUUAUAUGGGUCGCCCAUUCAAUGGGUGGAUUAUUAAUUAAAAAAAUGCUCGUAGAAGGUAUGUAUAAGCUGAACAUUUACACUAAUUUUUAUACUUUGAUAAAUGUACCAAUAAAAUUAUCACUAUUGUUAAAGUCGUUAUAUGUUAUACUGUUUAUAGAGUGGAAAACUGGAGAUAAAAAUGGUAUUUGCAAGAAUACCAAAGCUAUUCUAUUUUACGGUACUCCUCAUCGAGGUUCACAUGUGGCGGCUCUGAAGCAAACAACGCAAAUGCUGCUAUGGCCAACGAUUGAGGUUCAAGAACUGCGCGAAGAAUCACCGCAAUUACUAAAAUUGCAUGAAGAAUUUUUAGAAAUGUUGAAUAAAUAUCGCAUAGAGAUUGUGAGUUUCGCCGAGGCCAAACCUACGCUUGUAACUGCGCUGAAGUUUCCUUUCCAAUUUGUCAGUCUCAAUUCAGCAGAUCCUGGCGUAGGAGAAUUCUUCGAGAUUCCGCAGGAUCAUUUAUCGAUAUGCAAGCCAGCUAGCAGGCAAUCGUUUUUGUACCAAAAACUUCUGAAUGUGCUCAGACGCCAUGUCAACACUCAGGAAGAUACAACUGUCUCGAUUAGCAAUCUACUGUCUUUGUUGAGUAAGUUAUUUUAAGUCUGUAUAC